GUUCUUGUUCAUCACCCGUCUUCCCCCAAUGGCUCCGCCUUCCUCCGCCAGGCGCUUCCCAUGGUCAGGGACGACCGACGACACUGGCGGCAGCGAGCUCUCCCUGCCCCGCAGGCGCUGGCAGUCAGUUGGGCUGCAGGUUAGGAGAACGAGGAGGAAGCCGACGGAGGGGCUGUUUGGAUUCAGACGGAUCAUGGAGGCGGAGUUCAUGGGCAUGUUCCUCCCGGUCUUUGGGUCGAUGCUUCGGAGAGUGGUCUCAGAGGAGGUAGAGAAAGCAAUGUUCAGACAAUUCAGUGCACAACCAGCACCUCGAAGUUAUAGAUGUACAGAAAGUACGAAGCACAAAAGCCCGGCCCGAAGCACGUUUUUUGGCUCGGUCCGGCCCGCUCUUUUAUAUGAGCCCGGGUCGGCCCGGUACGAAUAAGCGGGCUGGACCUGGAUAGAAAACUAAGCAUGGUUACUGGUGGACAGGAAUCAGCACCCUCGGUAUCAGCUGAUGUUCUUGAAUGGACUGAGACCCGUUUACACAAUGACAAAGCUAGAACCAGAUGACGGAAAGGCGCUGAAGGUAGCUGUAGUCGAAAGGCUCGAAAACGGUCGGACGGACAUCGUCAGAUACGGCCCUCUUUCUUCUGCUAGGGUUGAAGUCGUAGCUCUCCAUGGCAACUUCAACGCUAAAGACGAGGAAUCCUGGAGCCCUGAGGAGUUUCAGAAGCACAUCGUGUCCGGUCGAGAGAAAAGCGCCCAGCUCCUCACUGGCAACCUGGCACUCAAGCUCAGUGGAGGCGAGGCUGUCCUUGAGAAUGCAACCUUCACCGAUAACUCCAGCUUCACCAGCACCAAGAUGUUCAGGCUGGGGCUGAGGCUUGUCGGUUCUUCUGGAGAGAGAGUUCUCGAAGGUGUCACCAAGCCUUUUCGCGUGAAAGAGCGCAGGGUAGAAGGAUUCGAAAAGCACUACCCUCCAAUGCUGGACGACGAAGUGUGGCGUUUGAAAAAGAUUGGUAAAAUCGGCGCUUACCACCAGGCAUUGUCAGACAAUGGAAUCGAUUCGGUGCAAGAGUUCUUACGGGCUUACAUGAAGGAUGAACAGAAGCUCAUAAAGAUUUUCAACAAGAUGCCACAGUCGACAUGGAAAUCCAUCGUAGAGCACGCCAUGACGUGCAGAGUUGGCGACAGUCUUUACCUCUACGAAGCUCAGGACAAGGAUGCGGGUCUUUUCUUUGAUGAGUUAUACCAGCUCGUUGGGGCGAAGUUUGGUGACUGUUACAAGCCCAUUGACCAGCUUAAUGAAAUAGAGAAGAAUCUAGUGGAAGCCCUGAAGCAUGGGGCCUACCAGAAUAUAGAUGGCCUGCAGCCUAACUACAAGAUGGUGAACAACUACCCUGUGCUCAGCAGUUUCCCUGCUGCUCAGGGUACUUCCCUGUUUAGCGCUCUUCAUCCAAAUCAGCAGGCACUCAGCUAUGGUGACAGCUCGACUGGUGUAGGGUUUGGAACAAGGCCUUCAAGGGAGACUUUCAACACAUCCCUUGGAUCCAGUAAUGAGCCACAAACUUCCAACUAUAUGGAGUUAAGACAUGAGCAAACAAUAAACAGGGUUCUACCAUAUGAUCCAAGCAAUGGAACCUUGUUACCCAGACCGAGAAUCACCCAGUUGCAGAUACCAAACUCUGAGAGAACAUUUUUUGGUCCUCCUGCUGUUAUUCCAAACAACAUUCUGGUUGGUCACGGUGUUGCGCUCUCUGAAGGAUCACACAGUGGUUUUCCUGUCCACAGUUUAUCGUCUACGGAUGUGGUCAUGUCACUGAUGCAAUCCCCAUUCCAGCUUCCGACAAACAGUGACCAUUCUGAACAGCAAUGCAAUGGUCAAACAUCAACGCAGUUACAACAGUUUGUCACUGGAUGCCAGCCAUCAAGAACAAACAGUUUCGACUUGAACUCGUGCGACGAACUCAUACAGAACUUCAUUUCCCAGAUUUCUAACAGUGGAGGGGCAUCUACGCCACUUUCACCCCGCAAAUGGGUCAAGAUCAGAGCUGCGUUGAAGCUGGCAUCUGUAGGGAGGCUCUCAAGGAGGGGUCCGCAUUGCAACCCACCAAGGCCAAGGCUUGUACCGAUACCAUGAGCACUCUUAAGAGGCAUCGAUAGUUUUUUUUUUUUGUAAAAUAUACAAUCUAGGAUCAAAGAUCCAUCAAGAUAUUGAACUCUAUAGUAUUGUUAAAUAGAUACUCCAGAGAAAUCUGUUUAACUUGGAGUAGAAUGGAUGUUGUCGAACAAUUAGGUAUUUGCACGUAAAGGAGCUAGUAGUAGUACUUUACAUUUAUAAGUUUAGGGUAUUUGCAUGCUGAAGAAUCCAUGUAUCUUUGUUACUAACUAUGAAAGUAUGAAUUCAGGAUAAUGUAGAGCCUAUAUCGUUUCUUCA